AUGGGGAGCCGGUCUCCCCAGGAACGACCCGAUUCCUCAACCCAAGUUCACGCGCGAGCUUCCUCCUUCCCCACCAAAGGCGCACAGGACCCCGGUCACUCAUCGCCCAUUCUUGGAAACCGUUCAAGGGGAUGGAGUGGUACAAACACUGUACAGACCGAUGUCUCUGCGAAGCUACCGCCCAAUCAGAUGAGAGAAAUUCGAGAGGCUUUCCAGGUUCUCGAUCGGGAUAAUGAUGGUCUGGUCAACAAGGAUGAUGUCGCGGAUGUAUUAAUGAAUAUAGGUCAAGAUUCAUCGCCGUCUACUCUUUCGCGCUUCUUCCCGCCCGGGUCACCGCAGACCAUGAAUUUCCCAACCUUUUUGAACACAUUAUCACAGCUAAUGGCUCCCAUGUCAUCAUCUCAAGAACUCCUCAAUGCGCUCGCUGCUUUUGACGAUGAUGACAACGGUCAAGUCGAUGUGGCAGAGCUACGGGAUGCGCUUCUGCAUACCGCCCCAGAGGAUGGAGGUGUACCGUUGACAGAGCAGCAAAUUGAUGAGGUGUUUAGUGGAUUUACUGGACGACGAGCAUUCGGGGGACGGGGUGCGAUGUCCGGGGGAAUGGGAAAGAGAGGCGAGGUUUUCCAGUACCACGACUUUGUUCGCAGCGUCGUGGGAGGCGAGAAUGCUAAUAACGGGCGGCGUGAGGCGAGCGUGGCUCCGAACUAG